GAAGAAGAAAAGGAAAACGAGGGGCGGGGUUUGUGUUGUGUUGGCCAAUCAGGUUGAGCUCUCCGAAGCGCCCAACAAAACAGUUCCAUUUCAAAUUCAAACGGCUCCGGGUGUUGGAUUGGACGAUUCCCCUACAACCGUACUGACUCAUUUUAAGAGCAUGUCUCGUCUUCCUGUCAUGACCAGCAAGAGGGUUCUCACAAGCAGCAACUCGGAGAACUCUCAGUUUAUGGCUCCUGCUGAGAAGAAGAUGCGGAGGGAGCAGGACGCCCAUAAACCUCAGGCAGCGGCUACAGUCAUUGGACACAGGCAAGCUCCUGCUGCUGCCACCAGAGCUCCUCUCUCUGCAUCCACCAGAACUGCAGGAGCUGCCACGGUUGCUAUUGGUCCUUCCAGAGGUGUCUCAAAACGGCCUAUAGCCUCUGCUGCUCCACGAGGAGCAGCUGUCGCCAAACCAUCAGCUGCCACAAAAACAGUUGGGGUUGGGGGCUCCCGUCGAAAACCAUGGGAUCUAAAGGGAAAAGUCACUGAUAUGGAGGACAAGAUCCGCACCUACCAGACAAAAGCCAGAUCUGCCAAUGAGGAGAUGGAAACUCUGAAAGGUUCUCUCUCUCAUAAUCAGAACAGAAUGUCACAACUGGAGAAGGAGGUAGAACAACAGAAGAGCCAGAUCAGAAAAUAUGAGACUCAGCUAGAAGCGUUGUCACAAGUCCGCCAGGAGCUGGAGAAGGUAUCAAGUGACAAGAACCUUCUCCAAAAAGAGCUUUCUAACUUGGAGCAGAAAUAUAAGGUCGUGGAGACUCUUCGUGACAGCCAGGAGACAGAGCUGCAGACUCUGAAGAUGAAGCUGUCGGUACAGGAAUCCACCAUGACCCGUCUGCAGAACACCCUGAGAGACAGGGAGGAGGAGGUGCACUCCCUUAAAGAAACAGUGGCGGAGCAGAAGGAGGAGCUUCACGCCGGGGAGAUGGAGCGCAGACGCCUACAUAACACCAUCCAGGAGCUGAAGGGGAACAUCAGGGUGUUUUGCAGAGUGCGCCCUCUAGUGGAUGGAGGCUUUAGUAAGCAUAUCCAGCUUCCAGCCAGUGAUGAUAAGUCUAUAGUGCUGGCUAAAACAGAAGAGUCUCACACCGGCAAAACUGGAGAUACCCACAAGAACUACAACUUCAGUUUUGACAGAGUGUUUGGUCCCAAAGCUUCCCAGCAAGAGAUUUUUGAUGAGAUCUCACUGCUGGUGCAGUCUGCUCUAGAUGGUUAUAAUGUCUGUGUGUUUGCCUACGGGCAGACAGGCAGCGGCAAGACUUACACCAUGGAGGGAGAGGAGUACGACGACACCAGAGGGGUCAUUCCCAGAGCCGUGCAGCAAGUAUUCAAAGCAGGACAGAAGCUCGCCACACAGGGCUGGGAGUUCACUUUUACAGCAAGCUUUGUGGAAAUCUACAAUGAGACUCUGCGAGAUCUCCUGUACACGGGAAAGGCCAGCAAAAGACCCGAACACGAGAUCCGCAAAAUGUCCAACAACGAGGUGACGGUCACCAACCUCACCUAUGAGAAGGUCUACACCGAGGAUCAGGUUCAGGGUCUGAUCGCCUUAGCCAAGCAGAACCGUUCCACAGCACAAACGUCCCAGAACGACCGCUCCUCCCGCUCACACUCAGUCUUCCAGCUGCACAUCGAGGGGGUGAAUGCUGGCAGAGAUGUCACAUGCAAGUCUACUUUGUGUCUGGUGGACUUGGCUGGCAGUGAGAGGAUGGUGAAGAGUCAAUCUCAAGGUGAUCGUUUCAAAGAGAUGACGGCCAUCAACAGCUCCCUUUCCAACCUGGGCAUCGUCAUCACUUCGCUGGCCAACAAGGAAAGCCACAUUCCCUAUAGGAACUCAAAACUCACCUACCUUCUUCAGGGAUGUUUGGGAGGAAACAGCAAAACCCUGAUGUUUGUGAACAUUUCCCCAGAGUUGGACAGCUUUGGGGAAACUCUAAACUCCCUGAGAUUCGCAAGCAAGGUGAAUGACUGUGUUAUCGGAACAGCGAGUUCCAACAAGAAGUAGUUUGUAAAAACUUCUCAAUUCAUUUUUUUUAACGUACUUUUACAUUUUAGUCACUGUUGCAUAUUGGUAAAACCUGAGGUACCAAAAGUAAAAUUGAAGCAUGUUGAUUCUCAGGGCCUUCAUUAGCAUGAUAUAGUAUGAACUGGCUGUGAUUUUUAUCACUUCUUUGGAAACCAAGUGGCUUUACUUGUAUAUAUUUCUCUAUGUUUUACUUUUUUGAUUAUCUGUAUUUUUAAAAGGUAAUUCUUAAACUAUGUUCGUUAUUAUAACAAAACCAUAUCACCAUUUUCCCUUCAAUAUUUGAUUCUUUUUUUUUUUGGUAACUACAAAUAAAGUUUGUUUUCUGUCUUUA